AAAAAGCAGAGAGAGAGAGAGAGAGAGCACACUGGUGAUUGCACAAGGGACUGGCUUGUGCAGGGCGGGAACACCAAUCAGGGAAUACCAUCAGAGAACAGUUAUGACAGGAAAAUAAUGGACCGUUCUUUUCAGACUCUUUGAAUGAAACAGAAAAUGGCUUCGCCCUUAAAACUAGUUGGACUUCAGCAUCAACCGUCGAAAAUGGGUUCUAUUACGACGCAUAGGUGCACAGGAUUUGGAAUCCAGGAAAUUCUGGGCUUGAACAAGGAGCCGCCCGCGUUUCCGCGGCGUCCGUUGGAAUCUCUGCAGCACAGGGCGCACCUUCUGACGGCUAGGUCGGCUUUGGGCCCCGCGGCAGUCGGGGUUGGAAUGGGAAUUAUUGGUCCAGGAGGGAUUCAUUCGUUUUACAGCCAGCCUGCCUUCCUGGAGGUGUUGCAGGAGGCGCAGAGUGUUCACCUUCAGCCGCUCAACAGGGCCAGGGCAACCGGACAGCUGGAUGCCCACCACUCCGCAAGCUGUUCUGAUUCAGAUGACGUUUCCUCCAGUGAAAAGACAUUUUCUAAUUCAUCGAUGAGCCAGAACAAGAAAAGAAAGAAGAGACGUCACAGAACUAUAUUUACUUCGUAUCAGCUGGAUGAGUUGGAGAAGGCUUUCAACGAGGCCCACUACCCCGAUGUUUACGCCAGAGAGAUGCUCUCUAUGAAGACUGAACUUCCAGAGGACAGGAUACAGGUUUGGUUUCAGAACCGCCGUGCCAAGUGGAGGAAGAGGGAGAAGUGUUGGGGUCGCAGCAGUGUGAUGGCGGAGUACGGCCUGUACGGUGCCAUGGUCCGCCACUCCAUACCUCUGCCCGAGUCCAUCCUCAAGUCAGCCAAGGACGGCGUCAUGGAUUCCUGUGCCCCAUGGCUACUGGGUAUGCACAAGAAGUCCAUGGAUACCCCUGUACCGACCUCUUCUGGGAAACUAGAAGCUCCCCAUUCCCAACCGCCUGCCAGGGAACGAGAGAGGGAGAGAGUGGUGGAGAAAACAGAGGAGGAGGAGAGGAGGAGGGAGAGUACCAGAUCGUCCAUGUCCAAAGAGGAACUGCGAGAGAAUAGCAUCGCUGCACUCAGAGCUAAAGCGCUGGAACACAGCGCUAAGAUGCUGGGGACACAUCCUGGGGACGGACCACCGGGAACAGUUUCAGGGGACGGAACAGGGGGACAGCCAAUGGAGACAGAGGACAAAGAGGAGGACAGUUGAAGCCUGCGUUGGAGAGAGAGAGAGAGCCCAGUCACUGAUAUGAAUGCUCAUUGUCUAAAGAAGUUGAUGCCCUCUCUGUAAAGAACAUUGUUUACAUACUCCUGACGUCUAUACUAAUCAUAAACAAGAUGGUAUCGGUCACAAUACACAAUAUUCUUAGUAGCAAAAAAAAGUACAUAAUGUUUCUUUGACACCAAGACCUGAUAUCGUCAACCUCAAAAUCCUUCAGUCAUGGAGAUACAUUUUGUACAGAUCACAUUUUGCAACAUGGCAAAUUCCACCUCGGUAAACUGCUAUAACUAUACCCUGGUCUAUAACUGUCCACUGUUUUGUAAUCUGUCGGCUAUUUGGGUGCUUGCUAUUCUGCAACUUUAGGAAGACUAACUAUUUGGUUACGUAGAUCCGUCUCUACAUAACAUAAUAGGGGACAGUACAUAGGCUAAGGUAAUACUCAAAGCAUGUCGUGACAAAAAAAUAUACAUGGUGUCUUGUGGAAAAAACAAGAGACUAAACUUGCAGAGGAUUCGUGGACCUUUUUAACACAAACACAUUCUCUUGAAAUGUAUGGUGGAUUUCUCUAUUGUAAUCAUUUUUUAAACGAAAUAUAGCUACGUUCAUGUAGUUGGAAAUGAGUAAGUUCGUCUCUGUGUUCUGUAUAAUAGUAAUAAAACGUUAUUUACGUGGAAGAUUCAGGGGUAUCGUGUGUGUGUGUGUUGAUGAGGAUUCAUUAAGAAUAGCCUAAAUGACAUAAACCACAUUGCAUAGGUCUGUCAUAAUAGGCUAUUUUAAAUCGAAACAUAUUGACUGAUCUUGUAAUAUAAAUAGACUAAUUGUGUUAUAAGCCUAAGAAGGAACGAAAAUAAAUGAUUUAGGCUACCUUAUUAGUUGCCUCUUGUUUCAAGGCUACAGCCUACAACUAAAUACAUUGUGAAGCGAUGGGUGACACAAUAGACUGGUGGCCACAUUAGCGCCAGCAUUUAAUAUCUUUCAUAAAAUUCCUUAAACCUUAUUUUACUAAAACCAGAUCUAUCCUUUGUUAGUUUCAAAUCCCCUAAAACCACCUGCCUUCUAGAAAAUUCUAUUUCGUCUGGAUUUUCGUCUCUCCAUAUAUCAAUCAUUCCUUUUUCUAACAUAAUCUUCUUUAAACAAUAUUUCGUUGUGUUAGUGUAUAAAUUGAAUUAAAUAAAAAUUACAUGAAAAAUGCAUUAUUAGGCUCAGUCUAUAUUAUUACGCUCUGUCUAUAUGUGGCUUCGGGGAAAAUGCAGGCUCAUAUGAACCUCAACUAUCUGUGAAGCCACAUACUCUGGCCAAACUAGUGUUUCUAAAAAAAAAAAUUAAAAAGGCACUACAGACAGAGCCUAAUAAUGCACUUUUUUUCGUUUCAUUUUAAAGUCACAGCUUAGUUAAAUAAAAGGUUAAAUAAAAAUAGAAAAUAAAAACAGCCUUUAUAAACAGCCUGGAGUGCAGACCAACAGCGGAGAAAACCCCUCUCCCGGCUUGGAGCCACUGGGAAUGAUAAAAACACCCUUCGGGUCACGGCUGGGCGGGGAUGCGGAGCUGUUUAAUUUUUUUUUAAAUGAUAUAGGCAAGUCCAAAGGUCUUUAGGCGAAAUAACCCAAUCAAAACGGAAAGAAAGAGGUUAUACUGUGUCAGGCCUAUUCGGCCAAAAUCAAUGAUAAUCUAUUGUAUAGAUAAUAGAACGAAAAUCAACGGAACGUUUAAUAUGUUGUAUUUAUUAAAUACUUUGCUACAAUGACACACUCAGCUCGCUACCCACCUCCUUCCUUCAUGUUAGCAUGUACACAUAGUAGACAAUCAUGCUUUCGGGAUAUGUAUGUCUAUGUGUCUUUUCAGAUUCGACAAUGAGUCUUUAGUUGUGGACACUACAUAUAUUUAAGCUGUUGUCUGUGCCCGAAUAAUGUUUAUACCCUGUUUUGUGCUGCUACCAUGUUGUGUUGCUACCAUGUUGUCGUCAUGUGUUUCUGCCAUGCUGUGUUGUUGUCUUAGGUCUCUCUUUAUGUAGUGUUGUCUCUCUUGUUGUGAUGUGUGUUUUGUCCUGUUUUAUUUAAAUGUUUUUAUUUUUAAUCCCAGCCCCCGUCCCCGCGGGAGGCCUUUUGGUAGGCCCUCAUUGUAAAUAAGAAUUUGUUCUUCACUGACUUGCCUAGUUAAAUAAAGGUUAAAUAAAAAUACCCUCACUCCCUC